AUGGAUUGUAAUAGCAGUACCAUUCAGAUGGAGACUGCUGAAUCCGAUAUCGACACUCUAAAUGAGGCAGACCAAACCUUGUGGAAUGACAUGCUACGCAAUAGUAUUUUACCAGAAGUGGUCCAGACACAAGGACAAACCAGCGAACAAUAUUUCAGUGCGAGCAGUAGCGACAAAGAAGAAGGUCAGGAGAGCGAAUCUGGUGAAACGCAGGGGGGAGAGCUAGAACCCAGUGACAGCGUUUCUCACGAACUAUCUGAACAUGCUACGCCGGGGGAAGAGUUAGCACCCAGUGACAGCAUUUCUCAAGAAUUUUCAGAAGAUGCAUCGGAUCCUCCAGCUGAUUCUACAGCACAUUAUUGCGCCGAAUAUUGUGACUCUGUUCCAGAUAGCAACAAAGCAGUUGCAAAUGACUCGGAUAUUUAUGACGACGAUAAAGACGAUGCGGAAUCCGGACUUGAGUCGCACAAUGACGAGGAAACAGCUGACGAUGAUAACGCUGAUGAUGAUACAGACGCAGAUGAUGAUACAGCUUCAGGUGAAGAGAGACUGCUCACUGAUACUGGACAUAUAACAGACCCUGAAGUGACUCGAAAUGAAUCUGUCUAUGCUGCAAGUGACUACAAUUAUGAUUGUUUAUUCGAUCCUUUAUUCGAUCCAAGUGACAUGUUGGAGGCUGUGAACGGCACCACGACGUUGACCAUUGCCAAUGAUCAGCUGAUCGGCCACAGAAGACCCAGAGAUGUCGAAGUCAGGCGAAGUAGAGAGCACAAAAGAAUAAAAGAGGAUCACAAAAGAGCAAAGAUCACUCCGCGUCUACCCAUAUUGAGAAAGAAUGAUCAGCAAUGUAUGGGGAAGUAG